AUGAAAGUAAUAACCAUUCUUUUAUUUAUAGUAUUAUGUUUAGCAGAUUUGAAUGUAUUAACUCGUGAAGAUAUGGUAAAAAAACAAAAGGAAAAUGCUGCUAAAAAAAUAUUAAAAAGUGAAGAAAAUAUUAGAAAAAUUAAAGAACAAACUGAAAAGAAAAAAAGAAAGAGUAAAAAAAUUGUAGAAAAUGCCCUUUCCUUACUCACUGAAAAAGAAAGAUUAUCAAUUCGUGAUAUUAUUGAUUCUGAUCCAGAAUAUAUUAGAUUUAAUUCAAACGAAAAGUUAGCUAGAUUUGACAAUAAAUUUAACUCAAAAAAGACAUGUACUUCAAUCGAAAAAUUAGUUAAACCAAUGUUGAAUAACGUUAAUUCUACUAAUGGAACACAACAAAAUUCAACACAACCAAUACAACAGAAACAACAAUUAAAAAAAUGUCAAAUGAAACAUGUUAAACAUAUUCCAAGAAAUAAGUGUAUUUGGAAAAAAGACAAAUACGUUUAUAAGCAACCAAAACAAAAGUAUUAUGCUCUUGUUGAUAAUGAAAAACAAAGAAUUCUUUGUCCACUCCCAAAAGAGAAAUGUCAUCCUCGAAUAAUUAAAAUUGAUGUCAACAAAGAAACUGAAAAUGCUAAACGUGCAAUUAAAUUGAUUCAUAAAGCUGGAAAGUUGUUAAAAGAAAAUGACAUAUUCUAA